AUGAAAGCUCAUCAGAAAUGUCAGAUUAGGAUUCCCCUGAGAAUUCUAAUAAGUUUAUUAUUGUGGUUGUUGUUGUUGUCGACGUCCAUCAACGCUCAAGACUUGAACGACAAUGAUGAUCCUUUAGGAGACCAAGACAACGAGCCAUUGCUGGAUAACGACAACAAUGAUGUCGAUGGUUUGUCAGGCAAUGAGGAGGAUGGUGAAGCUCCGUGGAAUAAUGACAAUAAUGACAGUGACGGUUUCAACGACGGCAUUCCAUCCAUGGCCCCUACCAUUAGUGCCAGGCCUUCAAUUCCUGCAUUGGGAAUAGACGGAGACGGUAUUCCGUCACUGUCGCCAACCAGUGGUGGUGGUGAUGAUCAAUCAUUCAUGAAACCGACUGCUUUUGGAUUUGACGAUCUUGAUGGCAAUGGUGAUGGUAAUGGUGAUGGCAAUGACGUUGGUGGUGACAAUGAUUCAGAUGGCGGGGAUGCAUCCGACGCGACACCAUCCAUGGCACCAUCCAAGUCACUGUAUCCGUCUCAAUCGUAUACAUGGCCGGACGACGCCGAGAAUUCCCCAUCCGUGUCGUCACCACAGCCAUCCGGCGCUGAUGUCCUCCAUGUGAAUCCAACCUUUUCCCUUCAACCGUCCUCACUUCCUCCGCACCAUUCGGUAGCACCGCAUCAUACCUAUGGUCCUCAUGCUGCUAGUGGUGGUGGAAAUCAUACUGGCAAUUCGAAUUCUAAUUCUAAUUCUACUGAUGGUGGCAAUCACACUGAUAGUGAUAAUAUUGAUAAUGCUGGUAACCACACUACUGGUAAUAACACUGGCAAUCAUACGACUGACACUGGUGGAAGCGAUCAUCAAUCAGGAGGAGGAGGAGGAGGAGGAGGGGGCAGUGGUACCAAUAAUCACCAAUCAGGAUCCGGCAGUGCUGGUACCAAUAAUCAUCAACAGGGAUCCGGCAGUGCUGGUACCAAUACUCAUCAACAGGGAUCCGGUAAUCAUCAAGGUGGUGGUGGUGGUGGUGGUGGCAGCCGUGACAAACAUGGUCCAACUCACAAACACCAUAAUGGCGGUGGGGGUGCUGGCAGCAGUAUUGGCAAGGAUGAUGUGGAAAGCAUGACCUUACCGAUUGUCAUUUUCUCCGGAAUUGUGGUCUUGUCGGGUGCCUUUUUUGUGGCCCAACGCUACAAGCAACGGCGACAUUUUUCGCAAGUCCAAGGGGACGACAUGAAUUGGGAUUUGGAAUUGUCGACCUAUCGACCGGGAUUGACGUAA